UAAUAACAAUACCCAUUUUGGGUAUUUAACCAAAUAAUGGUAUUUUACUUACCUCUAACAUUACAUUUUCCAGAUCACGAUGAAAUCCAGUCAGCUGGCAGCUCGUCUCGUCAUCCCAGUCCAGCAGCACAGAUAGUCUAGAUGACCAGGAAGAGGUCACGUCAAUCCAGAGCCACAUCGAAAUAGGUGAAGACAGUUCCACAACAGCUCGCUCAGGUCGCACAACUUGAAGCUCCACUGUGCCAGGAUGGGGGAAAGCCAGCUGCUGCUGUUGCUGCGGCUCCUGCUGCUUCCUACAGUCCUCUUCGGCUGGAUGGACUGUGCCGGGGCCUCCACGGCGGACAUCUACAAGGGCGCCCGGCUGGGCCACCGCAUCGUCCAGACGCGCUACGGACGGCUGCACGGACUCAUCCUGCCGCUGGACAGCUUCCGCUUCCUGCGAUCCGUGGAGGUCUUCCUGGGCGUGCCAUAUGCAACGCCACCCACCAAACAAAAUCGGUUUAGUCCCACGAGAGCACCAGCGCCUUGGGACGGCAUUCGGAUAUCGGAUAAAUACAGUCCCGUGUGUCCGCAGCGAUUGCCCAACAUCCAAAAUGAAACGGCGGCUCUGGAGAAGAUGCCCAAGGGUCGCCUGGAGUACUUGAAGAGAUUGCUGCCCUUCCUGGAAAACCAGUCAGAGGACUGCCUGUACCUAAAUGUCUUCUCGCCGGUCAAUGCCGGGGCCAAUGAGAAGAAGUUGCCGGUGAUUGUGUUCAUACACGGCGAGUCCUUCGAGUGGAGCAGCGGAAAUCCUUACGACGGCAGUGUCCUGGCGAGCUAUGGAGAAGUUGUGGUGGUGACCCUCAACUACCGGCUGGGAAUAUUGGGUUUCCUCAACGCCAAUCCCAAUCCACAUGCCCAUGCGAGGGUGGCCAACUACGGGCUGAUGGACCAGAUGGCCGCCCUGCACUGGAUCCAGCAGAAUAUCCAAAAGUUUGGCGGAGAUCCCAAUUCGGUGACGUUGGCGGGUCACGGAACGGGUGCAGCCUGUAUUAAUUACCUGAUGACCUCGCCUACGAUGGUCCGCGGGCUCUUCCAUCGGGCUAUUCUCAUGUCCGGCUCGGCGUACUCGUCCUGGGCUCUUGUCGAGGAUCCAGUACUGUUCGCCAUCAAGCUGGCCAAGGAGGUGAAUUGCACCAUUCCCGACGACAUCAAUCGGCACCACGAGCAGAUUGUGGACUGUCUGAGGGAUGUGCCUCUGGAGGACCUCUACAUGGCCGACAUUCAGGCUCCCAACUUUCUCACAUCUUUCGGGCCUUCGGUUGAUGGCGUUGUCAUACGACCCGGACAUUCCAAUCUCGAUAUCGAUGAUUUAAUGGCGCGCAAAAUUAUCCGCACCUACGUCCGCAACGCCUACAAUUAUCACCUCAACGAGAUUUUCUAUACGAUCGUCAACGAGUACACGGAUUGGGAUCGCACCUCGCAGCAUCCGAUCAAUACCCGCGAUACGGCUGUGGCCGCCCUAUCCGAUGCCCAGUUUGUGGCACCGAUUGUGCGGGCUGGUGAUAUCCUGGCGGCCAAUUCCCCGCCGCCGGUCAGCUCCUCCUCCCCCGCUGGGGCAGCGGGUGCGAAUGCGGCCGCCUCGACUUCGGCGGGGUCCACUCAGCCCUCCGGUCGGUGCUACUUUUAUGUGUUCGAUUACCAGACAAAGGACGGCGACUAUCCCCAGAGGAUGGGCACUGUGCACGGCGAGGACUUGCCCUACAUUUUCGGUGCCCCGCUGGUCGAUGGCUUUAGUCACUUUCCGCAGAACUACACCAAAUCGGAGACGGCUCUCUCCGAGGCGGUGAUGAUUUUCUGGACCAACUUUGCACGCACCGGCAAUCCCAAUGAACAUCAUCGCCAGGACUCGUCGCUGCCGGUUUCAAAGGAGCGCAACCGCUUUCGCAGCAUCACCUGGGAAAAUUAUGAUCCGCUGCACCAGAAGUAUUUGGAAAUAGGAAUGAAGCCGCGCAUUAAGAAUCACUUUCGAGCCCAUCAACUCUCGAUUUGGCUGCGCCUGAUACCGGAGCUCCAUCGAGCCGGGAUGGAGGAUGUGAUAGCCCGGCACAAUCUGUUCCGCAAUCACGACGAUAUGGACCUGUACGAGGGACCCGUUAAACCGGAUCCGUUUGGCAUAUCGACAGCCGCCGGAGCAACUGGCUCCUCAUCCUCGUCGUCGUCCUCAUCCCGCCUCCUGCUCGUCGAUGAGCAAUUGAUGAUGAAGAAGGGACGCGGCCUCAACGCCUCGGCCUAUUUAAACGGCAUAUUGGGCGUGACCACCGUGGAGCCGAACAACAUGUACACGACCUGUAUACCCAUUGGGGGAAACUACUCGAGCGGCGGUGGUGUCUUCGCACCCACCACUCUGGCCAACGCCUCCUCGGACACUUUGGCCUCCGGCUUCGAGGCAGCUGGCUAUGCGGCCUAUUCGACGGCCCUGAGUGUUACGAUUGCCAUUGGCUGCAGCCUGCUCAUACUCAACGUGUUGAUUUUCGCCGGAGUCUACUACCAGCGCGACAAGACGCGGCUGGAGGUGAAGACACUGCAGAAGCAGUACCAGCAGCGCAGUCUGCACCAGCAGGUCCCCUACCCACCGGAGCCCAUCAAGCACGCCCACUACCACAUGGGUCACUCGCAGAGCUCGGCCAAUGUCAUCGUGGACGUGGAGAGCCAUCAGGACCAGGCCGGCCAGGCGGCCAUGUUGCUCCAAGCCGCAGCGGCAGCCGCCGCAGCAGCGGCCAACGAGGUGAAGCCGCCGCCACCGCACAUCUGCUCAAACACAGGAAUGCAACAGCAGCAGCAAGUGGGUGGAGGCAGCGGAGGGGCCCUGAAUAACGGUGGCAUCGAGGGGUCUAAGGUGACCACUGACAACCUGGGCAAUGUCACCUACAGCACCAGCUCCAAGCAGCAGCAGCAACACCAGCAACACCAGCAGCAGCAGCACCAGCAGCAGCGUGAGCACAUGCAAAUCAAGGGAAUGACUGGCACGCAAACUUUCGGACGAAGUGGCUCCGGAUCGGGCGGCGGGGCUGGCGGCGGAGGCGGUUCCGCUUCCGGAGGCGCCUCCGUGGUGGUGUCCGGCAGCAGCGUGAGCUACAAUCCCGGCAUGAUGACGCUGCCCAAGUCGGGCGGCCUCCACCACGCGGCCACUUUGAAUUAUGCGCGCAACACGGCCGCCUUGAACAUGUCGGGCGGCGGCACCGCCCUAGUGGAUAGUCGCGGCAAUGUCCUGCUCACCAGCACCGCAGUGGGUCCUGGAAUGGGCGGUGCUGGUGCUGGAGCUGGAGGAGGAUCCUCUGGUGGCGGUGGUGGUGGGGGCGGAGAUUGCAUGACCCUGCCACGCAAUCUUAGUUUGGCGGCCGCAGGACGACACAAUCCCACGACAGAGCUGCAGCAAUAUCAGCAGCAACAGCAGUCGAACAAACAUCAGUCGAAUGGAGCUGUCCUCACUGGGAUGCAGUCGCAUCACAUACGCGGACCACGCCCACCGCUCCGCACCGCCUCCUCGACGACAACGAACAGCAGCAGCAAUAACUCGGCGAUGGGCGUGGCCGUGGGCGGAGGCGUGGGCGGGGGCGUGGGCGUUGGCAACAUGCUCCUGGACCAAACGCCAUCCGGCGGCAGCAGCAGCAGCGGCGUGAGCAGCGCCCCCAGCUCCUCGAAGGGUCACCACACCCACUCGCACUCCCACGCCGCCCACCUGGUGCACUCGCACGGCGACGGCCUCGUCCUGACCUCCGCCUCGCCCGUCGGCGGCCAGCAGCAGCAGCACCCGCAGCAGCAUCAGCACCCGCAUCCGCACCCGCAACAGCAGCAGCAGGUGCCGCAGGCGGCGAUGGACGAGAUGCGCGAGUUCUAUGCACCGAAGCAGUCGGAUGACGACCAACUCAAUGGGACACCACUGGAUGCAGACGCAGCUGGGCAGGCAGCGGGAGUGGGGAGGGCCGGAGGAGGGAGAGUGGCAGUGGGAGUGGGCGUGCGAGUGGGCGUGGGAGUGGGUGCGCCGCCCACCUCCACCAGUGACCACAAGCAGCGGCAGCUGAAGAAGCUGCGCUUCAAGCGGGAAAUCCACGCCCUGGCGCUGGAGGGUGGCGAUGUGGCCAGGGGCUACUGCUCCUGCGACGAGCAGUGGACGAACUCCUCCUCGCCGACGUCCACCACCACCUCGGCCACCAUGUCGCCGACUCUGCCAGCUGCCGGAAGUGCAGGCGGCGCUGGACGCCAUGCCACCGGAAACGGGCAUGGAAACGGGCCUGGAAACGGGCUGGGAAACUCCAGCGGUGGCAGCAGCGGUAUUGUGAAAAUGGCGCCGACUGGAAAGCGAAGCGAGCGGCUCAAGCAGCAGCAUCAUGUGCGCUUUUCCGACGAGAAGAACUUCUCCGACUGAGAGGGAAAACCAACUACUAGACUGCACCUAAUCUCUGUUUAGUCAUAGGCUAACGUUUUUCCCUCCUCCAAAAAGGAGGGGGAAUCGCAAACAAAUCAUCUAAAAAUCCAAAAAAUUAUAUGAAAUCCAUAGAUAAAAGUUAUCAGCUAAGGAAAACUGUAAAUAUAGUUUGAAGGUGUGUUAGUUAAAUAUCUGUGUUUAGUUGCUCGAUAGAUCUGUUGUGAACCGUAUAUGCAUAUAUAUAAACAACAUACAUAUAUGAAUGUAAUCAAGUAGCCAAGUAAGUGUAGCACAAAUGCAUUUUUUCCACUCAUCAGCAAAUUGAAAGCAAAUAUUGAUGGAAAUUGUUGAUAACGGCAUUCUGUUGACGGCAUUGUAAAUAUUCUAGAAAAAAUUAACACAAAUGUGGUAUUAUUUACUUAAAGUAAAAACACGAAAAUGAAAUAAAACUACACUAAUCAUACAAGAAACACAAACAUGGCUCAAAAUCGAUUAGAUUAACAAAGAACGUAAUGAGAUGCAUAAUUAAAACAAAUAACUAGUUAAAUAUUUAAAUAAACUCUGAUGAUGAGGAAUAAACCAUGGACGCUUUUUUUACUGUGUACAAAACCAACCAAUUCACCAGAGGAUAACAUUUUUUUUAUGAACGGUUUUAACACUCAAUCGAAUUAUUCUAGAACGGGAAGUUUGUUGCAGAAACGCAACAAGUCAACUCGAUGUUAAUGCUUGUAA